AUAAGCUUAGCUUUUCCCUUCAAAAAGAAUAAAAUAUGUAAAAAUUAUCCGUUACAAACAGUCGCUUGAUUUGGUUAUCGGUGUUUCCCUUUCGAUUUCCUAUCCAACGCAGCGAUCCAGCGAUCAUCAUGACGCCGACCAACGUGAUCCUGCUGCAGUUCAGCCUUCACUGCUUCAAGAUCAUCUUCAUCUACUGCAUCUGUGUGCAUGUCCUGGAGCAUGUGAUUACCAGGAUACAGGAGAGAUAAGGUUCUGGGUUAUAUUUCAAAUCGAUAAAGAAAAAUAAAAGAAGAAGCGACACUCUACUA